UUUCCUCCUCGCACUGGAUCAACCAAGAAACCAGAGAGACAGUUAUCCGCCGAGGAGGAGAGAGAUGUUAUUCAUGGAGAAUCCAUUGAGGAGUACCUGACCAACAAGCUGCCGAGUGUGUAGGGUUGCAUCUGGCUCUCAGAAGCAGUUGUGUGGACUCCUACACGCACCCAUCCCUCCUCCUGGACAGGCCCACCCCCUUCCUACCUGCCCCUCAUCCUCAUUUAAGGAUAGGAUGCCUGGCUCUGUGCCCCUGUGCUGAGGAGGCGUCGGUGGGCAGCAGUAUGGGCCCUGUGCCUGCCAGCAUCCCCACAACCCCCUCCACCACCGAUCUGCCACCACCACGCUGCCCCACCGAGACGGGCGCUCCCCCCAGCCCCGCUGAUGGGCGAAGACACUGACGCCACCCCAACGCUCAACCACCGCGGCUUCCUCCCCGACCACAACUAUGUGACUGAAGCUGAUAUCAUCUCCACUGUUGAGUUCAACCACACAGGAGAGCUCCUGGCCACAGGGGACAAGGGGGGCCGAGUGGUCAUUUUUCAGAGGGAACCAGAGAGCAAGACUGAGCCAUUCUCCCAGGGUGAGUACAACGUCUACAGCACCUUUCAGAGCCAUGAGCCCGAGUUCGACUACCUUAAGAGUCUGGAGAUCGAGGAGAAGAUCAAUAAGAUCCGAUGGCUGCCUCAGCAGAACGCCGCACACUUCCUCCUCUCCACCAAUGAUAAGACCAUUAAGUUGUGGAAGGUGAGUGAAAGAGACAAACGUCCUGAGGGAUACAACCUGAAGGAUGAGGAGGGUCGCAUCAAGGACAUCUCCACUGUCACUUCCCUACAGGUACCCGUGUUGAAGCCGAUGGACCUGAUGGUGGAGGUGAGCCCACGGCGAGUGUUUGCAAACGCCCACACAUACCACGUCAACUCCAUCUCCGUCAACUCCGACUAUGAGACCUACAUGUCAGCUGAUGACCUGAGGAUCAACCUCUGGCAUCUGGACAUCACUGACCGCAGCUUCAACAUUGUGGACAUCAAGCCAGCCAACAUGGAGGAUCUGACAGAGGUGAUCACCGCGGCUGAGUUUCACCCACACCACUGUAACUUGUUUGUCUAUAGCAGCAGCAAAGGCACCCUGCGCCUCUGUGACAUGAGAGAAUCCGCGCUGUGCGACAAACACUCCAAAUUGUUUGAGGAGCCCGAGGACCCUAGCGCCCGCUCCUUCUUCUCCGAGAUCAUCUCCUCUGUGUCAGACGUCAAGUUCAGCCACAGUGGCCGCUACCUGCUCACCAGAGACUACCUGACUGCCAAAGUCUGGGACCUCAACAUGGAGAGCAAGCCCCUGGAGACGUACCAGGUUCAUGAUUACCUCCGGAGCAAGUUGUGUUCCCUUUAUGAAAACGACUGCAUCUUUGACAAGUUUGAGUGUGCAUGGAACGGCUCAGACAGUGUGAUCAUGACGGGAGCGUACAACAACUUUUUCCGCAUGUUCGACCGGAACACCAAACGCGACGUGACCCUGGAGGCAUCAAGAGAGAGCAGUAAACCCCGAGCUGUCCUGAAGCCCCGGAGGGUCUGCGCCGCCGGAGGAAAGCGCCGGAAGGACGACAUCAGCGUGGACAGCCUGGACUUCACUAAGAAGAUCCUCCAUACGGCCUGGCACCCGACUGAGAACAUCAUCGCCAUCGCUGCCACCAACAACUUGUACAUCUUCCAGGACAAACUCAACUCUGAGAUGCAUUAGUGAACGGAUGUCAGCGGCGUAUACGAAUGAGUUUACACCUGAACACACAACUAUGCCAGAAUGUACACAUUAACAGACAUACACACACAGGAAUAUGCCUAAUCCACACACACAUAAGCAGAAAGCAUACACACGUAUGUCUUCUCUGACACUCCUCCACCUCCUCCCCAGCCACUGAAAGGACCUAGAAAGGGCUAGAAAGGGAACAGGCUGGAUUACGCAAUGGAUUAUGGAUUGCAAAAUUGUCCGAACUGUGGAUUUCUUGAUUGUUAACCUCUGGAUUGUGCUUGAUGGUGUGGUGAUUGCUACAGCUCAGCUUCUGAUGGGGAUAACCCCCGCCCCCCCAGACAGGAGAGAUGUUUACAUGUUUGUCUUUUUUUUUUUUUUC